AUGAUAGACCCUCAAGUAGUGGAUAAUAGCAGUGCUACUACUGCUAAUAAUAAUAAUAAUGAUAAUAAUAAUACUGACAGUCUAAAACGGGUAUCGAAGGAUAUAAAUACAACACAGAAGCAUUAUAUAAUGAAUACGAUCGAGGAUGAUAUCGACGAGGAUUCAGUGGACCCUAAACAAGUCACAGGUUUUAAUGGUGAAACAAAUUAUAUACCGAAACAGCCUAAUAAUAAUAAUAAUAAUAAUAAUAAUACUCCGACAUUACUUCCGAAACCCGGUAGAACAUCGUCACCUAUUGCAUUUAAAGCACCAUUUAAUCUGGCAGAUACACCGGAUACCACAAUUCCACAUAAUACUAAUAAAACGGGAUCUUCACCACUUUCAAAACCUUCAAGUUCAUAUUUAGAUCAAAAGGAUAAUUCGACAACAAUGCAUAUUAAUAAACCAAUGAAAAGAUUGGGAAGUCUUCACGGUAAGACUACAGAAGUUGCCGAAGCCCAAAUUUCAAAUAAAAGAUGGGAUUGGAAUAUUUUACCGUCUUCACAUAACAUACCGUUGGAGAUUUCUGAUGGUUAUAACAUCGCUACCAUAUCGAUCGAUGGUGAAAUGAAAGCGAUUAAAUAUGAUCCAAAAUAUAACAAGGUGCUUCCCCAAAUGGAUCUAUUUCUAAGAUUUAAUCAGGAAUCGACAAUGAAAGAAGCUUUAGUGUUUGCCAAAAAAAGAUUAAAAUCAUACGCAAAAUUUUUGGAUCAUUAUAUUAAACAAUUAGGAAAAUGUAACGGCAAUAUUUUAAAUUUAAAUUUAGAUAUAAACUCAUUACCAUGCGAUACAAUGGAAUCACAAAUUAUGGAAGUAAUACAAUUAUGGAGUUUCCAAGUAGAAACAUAUUUUGCACAGGCUAACUCUUUACUUUUUAAUCCCGAAGUCACGCAAAGUUUAAUAAAUAGAAGAUCCCAAAGACGGAAAUCAACUACAACCUCAGUUGAUGAAACCCUCUAUACAAAGAAAUCAGACUCUAAUCAAUCAUUCUCACAUUCAGAUCAAACCACAACAAUGAUUGACCCAUUAGAAGAUAUAGAUAUAUUGUUAUUAAGACCUCUAGUGACACAAGAGAUAGGUUGGCAAUUAGCUUACAAUGAACCACAAAUUACUGUAGCUGAUUACGCAUUAAAUAUAGCUCCUUGGAAGGAAUCUGAUGAAGAGAGUAAUACAAAAUUGGUAGAAUUUAUGGAAGGUACAGAAAAACAUUAUAAUUAUAGUCAUGGGACCACUAUAACUUCAGAAUUGACUGACAUUAAAUAUAUAAACAAUUUAAAUGCCCCAGCAUAUUUAUUGGAUUGUAUGAAUAGAAAAUCCAGUGAUAAGAAACCAUUUGAUAUUAGAAAAUUUGGAUCCCAAGACAUUAUUAAUAGUAUGGAUGAUAAUAAUGACGUAAGUUCUAUCACUAGAUCUGAGCAUUCAAUAAAUUUUCAUAAAGAUAUUAGUGAUAAUAUGAGUAUAAAAUCUUACACAACACCUUCAUCUACAUCCACAAAUAAAAAGAAACGUAAGGACAACAAACCAAAGAAAUCAGGUUUUGUUAAUUUUUUCAGAAGGAAACAUACUUCGGUAUCUACAUCGAAUACUGAAUCUACAGCAUUACAUACACCACCAGCGGACAGCUUAGUGACUCGUUCAACUGCAGGAUCAAUACCUAAUUCUUCAGAUCCUAUUGUAAAAAAUACAACACUUCCAUUUGAUAAGCAAUUAACAAACCAACAAAACGCUUUUGAUUCAAUUGACGAAUCUAUUGGUAAACCAAUGAAAUUUAAUGAAAACGAAUUACAAAACGAAUGGUUAGAAAAUCAUUUUUGUGAAAUUUUGAGUAAUUAUAAAAGAGUUGGAAUGCCAACUCAAUAUUAUUUCCCAAAAAAGAAAUCAUCAGGCUUAACACCUGAGUUAUCACCAAGUUCUGAGGUAAAAGUAGCCCCAGAAUCAUCACAGGAAAGUUUAAAUAGUGAAGAACGGUUACCAACUCAUAAUAUGGUGAACAAUAGAGGUUACUACGGUAGAGAGUUACUUCAACUGAAAUUACCAUUCAAUAAUGAUAGUGUCCCAGCUAUAUUAUGUCCUUGGAUUUGGACAACCCUGACAAGAACUAAAUGGGGGAAUCUAUUACGAGAAAUAAAAAGAUGUUUACAACCAGAAGGUUAUGUGUUAGCAAUAGCAACGGACUUAAGAGUCUCAAACUCAGAAUAUGGUGGACACCCAGAAGCUAGCUCCAAAUUUAAAACUUCAGUAGAAAGAAACAGAGUCUUUGACCUGUUGUCAAUUGAAGCAAUGAAUAAAGGUCUUCAUAUAUUUCCAACUAAACAUUUGGCAAGAAAAUUUAAAGAGUGCGGAUUUGUCAACAUUAAGACCACUACACUAAGUUUAAAAUCUGGUGAUUUAACAACAAAUAUGGGUUGUAUCAAUGAAUUCAUGAUAACUCUAUUGUGGCAUUUACUGACUGGGUCUUCUGUCGGGAAAGAGAACUCUAAAACAAGCGGACAAGUGGACAACAUGAUUGAAAAGUACAUUAAAGAACAUUGGGAUAAAGUUGACGAUCACGCAGGCUGCCUUAGAACAAUUUUUAUAGUGGCACAAAAACCGAAGGUUAACAAUAUCAAAUAA